UCCACCUGUACCUGACUGAACAAUGAGGCAAACUCGGCAACAAUUAUUGAAGAGGCAGAGGCAAAUAUAUGAGGAUCUUCGCAAUUUGCAGAAAAAACUUGAGAAAAUAAUGGAUAAGCUUGGAAAUGGACCCUUUAGGCAGAGAUUCCAAGCACCAACUGCAAGGCGUCAGGCAACUGUUGCCUCUGACUCUACAUCUUCACCUUGUGAUCUAAGAGGAGUGUUAAAUAUGAGAAAAAACUUUGGCAAAAAUCAAGUUCCUGUCUUCAAUUCCUAUGAAGAAUUUCAUAAGACAGUUCUUCAGUCAUUUGAAAGCAUUUCAAUUGUACUGAACAUAGAUGGAAAAAUUGUUUUUAUAUCACAGAAUGUCUCACCUCUUCUUGGCCAUCGACCAGAAGAUAUUGUGGGGAAGACAUUAUUAAAUAUUCUUCUUGAUGAGGAAAAAGAAGAAAUAUCUCAGAAGGUCGUUCUUAAUAUUCCUUUGGCAAUGCCAGUUGGCAGCCUUAUUGAAUUUUGCUGCUAUGUAAGAAAAGGACAUGCCGGCCGGGAAGCUCAGGAUACAUAUGAUUACAGAGACAUAUACGAAGUCAGGGAUACUUAUGAGUAUGUAAAAUUCAUCUUGUACCUGCAGGAUUCUUAUGAUGAGUCAUUUGUAUAUUUUGGAAACUAUGGUCCAAAUAGCAGAAAAAUUCAGUCAUCAACUCCAACGCAGUUAUGGGAUCAACAGUACUAUCUUGUGGGAACCAUUUCAGUUCUUUCUACAAAGGCUGAAUCAGAACAUCCGGUUGAAAUUCCACCCACUGUUACAGUUAUUGAAUCAGAUGAUGACACUGAUAUACAGCACAGCAGGCUUCGAAAACGACGCAAGAGGAAGAGAAUUCAAAGAAAUCGCAAGGCUAAAUACUUGAAAACAAAACAUCCUGUAUCAGUUAACGAAGUUGAGAUUAUUGAUAUAAAACCAGCCACUCGACAAAUUCCAUUUGACUUAGUUCAGAUCAGGCCACCGUCUCAGUCAAGUACAUGCACAAUUAUAAGUCUAGAUUCAAGCAUGAGCCCGACAACAAGCAUUUCAUCCAUAGAAUUUUCAGCAGCAUCAUUUUCACCAGCUUCUGCAUUUGGACAGGGCUCUAUGAUAGAUCCAAGGUACUUACAAGAUCCUGUAGACAUAGAAUUUGAAGUAUCUCCAGAGUUCCUUGUGAAUGACAACCAGGAAGAACAGGCUUCCCCAGAACAAGGAGAACAAAGUGAUGAGAAUAUGAAGAAAACCUUGGAAGAGGCAACAGACCCUAAUCCCAAAGAGCACGUUAUUCGUGAAGUAUCUGGUCCUUCAGUUGAAGAUUCCUGUGGGAUAGUAGAAGAAAUUGAAGUUGAUAAAGGCCCUAAAAUACAAGAACCCAUCGUGGACCAAGACCAAGUUCAUCAAAAGAUAGUUGAGACAGCCACAAAGUGUCCAAGCACAGUAGUACGGCCUGUGCACCCAAAGGCGUUGGUGGAACCCAGGGUGUGCACAGAUUUACCAGACAGUGUUUUCAUUAAGCCAAGAAGACCAUGUCAAUUCCGGCGUCCACUUUUGGGGGAAAGGUUUGCCCAACUCUGUGGCCCACAGGAAAGGAAACGAGAACAAUGUGAAUAUGAGUUGGCUCAACGUAUUGAGAUGCUUCGCAAUUUACCAAACCAACGGCCCAUGGCACAGCAACAGAUGGGGCAAAGACAAGAAAAUCGUGUAUAUUGGCCACGAGAUCAGGUCGUAACUGUUACUAAUGACCUGGGACGAUUUCCCAUUAAUUCCUUUGGAAAUGAUAACUCUGCAUAUCCCCGAAAUGAGACACAGAGAUUCUGUGAUGAUAAUGCCAACCAUACUUCUCCACUGCUGCAUUGCCCAUUGGCAAGGUCACGUCAAACAACACCAAUGCCACGUCACCCAGUAACAGAGACAUAUCAAAGUCUGGCAGGAACCAAUCACCCAUCAGCAGCAGUGUCAAGUCACCCAUCUGCAAGUUCACGACACCCAUUAGCAAGGUCACAUCUUGCCUCUUCUAACCCCCAAAGAGAGAAUGGGCCACAUGUGAUUCCCCGUGGUCAAGAAAAUUCUGGUUAUGUUCAGGCUGAAUAUAACAUCAAUCCACAUCCAUGA